GUGGCGGGUGGCCGCAAUAAUCUCGCGCUCUAUAUUCCUCAGUGAAAACCCCUCCACCCACCUGUCUCCCAUCCCCUGCCUCACCCUCCCUCGUGAACCUAUCGCUACACCUCAUAUUCUCCUCCAAUUACCAUGGCCGCUACGCCUAAACCCCAUAAAAAAGGAUUUUCAACUUAAUGCGACUAUAGGCUGCCAAGGUCAGGUCAGAUGAGGGCAUGACUGAACUGGGAUAUGUGACCUUACCCCGUGGCCUGCGCCUCGCCACCUCCCUCACUGCCCUCCACAAGAAUAAAACUACCACCAGCGGCUUCAACCACACCAAUGGCCUCCACCACACCAAUGGCCUCCACCACACCAACGGCCUCCACCACACCAACGGCCUCACCUACACCAAUGGCCUCCACCACACCAACGGCCUCCACCUCACCAAUGGCCCCCACCUCAACAAUAACCAGAGCAAAGGCCUCCAGCACACCAACGGCCAGCUGGCCAAUGGUCAGGCGCCUACCAUCGCCUCCCCCUCCCUUGGGGUCAAUGGCUGCGUGAGGGCAAAUGGUUGUGCAGGUGGGAGAGCUGUACAUGAUGGGUUUGCCACUAUACGUUCUGGUACUGGCAAAAGAGGACGUGCUCUCAGCUCACCUGCAGUUACGACUGAAACACGGGCCCCAUCCUGCCACCAUGGGUGCUGCAACCCUGGGGGUCGGGCCUGGGCCAUGGAGCCACUGUGGGAGGAACGAGGAGGAGGGGAAACAUCCGGGGAGAUGCCAAUAGCCAGAAGAGAUCGCUCACAACUGCCUUGGUGGGAAGUGGCCACAAGACGAUCAAGAUAUCGAUCUUGCCCAGCUUUUUCUCAGGCCAGUAUGGUGACCGCCCUCGAGCAGACGAUGAGUAGUGUGACGGACAAAUUGGAGCGUCUUGCAUCUUCUCCAGAUCUUAAGGAGACAGAGGCUGCAGAGUUGAGGAAAACGGCAGCAGUUCUGCGACAACAAAGCUCUGCAGUGUGUCAGUCUGUCAGCUCAGGAUACCUCAGCAUGGAGCGUCAGUUGUCCUGCGACAGCGUGUCAAGUGUUACCUCUACAGUCAGUGGAGCUUCCAUGUCGUCUUAUGCAUCUCUAGGGUCUCGGUCGCUUAGUGCUACACACAUGCCACACUGCAAUUCCCAUAACCUUAGUCACACACAGUCGGAUAGUCUUAACCCUCCCAAUCAAGCUAAGCUUAAAAAACGAAGCUGGCUGCGGAGUUCUCUUCGACGAGCAUUUGGUAGACAUGGAAGGAAACGAAGCAAACAGUCGGGCGAAGGAACCCCCACUGACAUUCCGCAGGAGUUGCCACUGCAUCACACAGUCAAUUCUGCUGUUAGACACUUACCUCCUCCACCUCCUCCCUCAUCACAUUCUAUGAUGUUGCACCAACACCAACAAGUGGCAUCACUCCACAAGAAACAGAAACAGCAAAAGCAACAGAACAUUUGUAAGGAGAGUGACCUGGUGGCACAGCUGAAGCUAGAAGCCAGAGAAAGAGAGCGAGUGCUGACAGACUGCCAGCUGGAGGUGCUGUCGGCUCAGCAUCAAUUACAUACCCAGGCAGACACCAUUGCUACGCUUCAGGCAGAGGUGGUUGGUCUGAAGGAGGAAAAUGGGCGACUGGUGUCUUUAGUUCGAGGACAAUAUGGACCUGCGGCAGAUGCUCUUCUGACUCCUCUGACACACACGCUUACAGCCCUCACCCUUAGUCAUACUGGUGGUUCUGGAGGAAACAUAUCGCCUCGAGAAGAUGGUCGGCACGUAAAAGUAAUGGUGGUCGAUCAGCCCGAGUUAAUGUCUGUUCAUAAUGCAGCCUCAGUCACUCUUGAUCCUAACCACUUAACUCACAUUGGUAACAUUAGUGUCGAGUCCAAAACAACCUGGCAAGAACUCGAUACGAUGAUUAGCAACUCACUUAAGGAAUACGCGAAUCGAGUCGACCCAGUUUCGGCUCUCGGACUGGAUGCCGACUCUGUUCUCUGCUAUCGUGUUGAAAAUGUUGUCAGCGCCCCCAACUUGCCUCGUCCAGAACUAUUGCCUUAUGGUUACUGUGUUGGUGACGUUGAUGCUCUCCACGUGUGGUUGAAGGGUGGAAAUCAAAGGAAGGAUGGAGAGAUGAUCGGCAGUGUGUCGGCAGCAUCCUUCACCAGUGUUACUCCAGCUACAUCUCUCAAGCAACUGGCUGGCCUCUUAGUGGAACACCGGCGUUUGGUGCUUGCUGGGCCUCCUGCGACAGGCAAGACCUCCCUUGCUCAUGCCCUGGCACGCUUCUUUGUUGUCAAUUCAGGAAGAGAACUGAAUGAUGAUGCUAUCAAAACAUUCAAAGUAACAGGUAGUAACACACUGGAGCUGUGCCAAAUGUUGUCUAGCAUGUGGCCACGUGGUCUUACCUCCAGCCGAUCAGUCUCCUCCCUCUCCACCAUUUCUACAAACAUCUCGGCUUCCUCCAUCACCUCAACUACGUCAAGCACAGAGAGUAACCACACUCUCCCAGCUGUUAUUAUUCUUGAUGAUCUUCAUACAGCAGCUGGCGUGGUCGAGACUUUGCAGAGGUGUCUUCCAGCGGGUAUUCACACUGGUCCUGCCAUCAUUGCCACCUGCUGCCCCACUGCAACGCUUUCUACACGCUUGCACAUUCAUUGCAACUUUAGAUGGGCUACACUGAGCACCCAGCAGGAACCAGUCAGAGGCUUAUUGGGUAGGGUUCUGCGCCGCCGGGUCGUUUCUGCUGAAGUAGCUGUUAACACCAGACUCCCGGAUGCCCAUCACCUCGCUGAAUGGCUGACACGUCUUUGGCUGCAUCUCAACACAGUGUUAUCUGGACACUGUGGGUCGCAUGAAGUUGGCAUUGGACCAGGCUUGUUGAUGGAUUGUCCCUUGGGUCAAGAGGAAACACAAGCAUGGUUCACAGAUGUCUGGAACACCCGCUUGGUUCCCUGUAUUGUCUCAACUGUUGGCUCAUCAAUCUCUCCAAACUCUGGCCUGCUUGACACAUGGACUGACCCUUUAGAUUGGGUGCUUGCAACCUAUCCCUGGGCUAAUACUGCUGCUUGUGGCCCUGACCAACUUACCAGAAUCCCAGCCUCUGAUAUUAGUCAGCAGGAAGGAACCCUACCAGUCGGGAGAGCAAUUUCUCCGCAUCACCCCUAUGCUCCACUCUCUGCUAGACAGCAGAAUCAUAAGUCUGAAUCUGUGUAUGCUGUGCCUCAAGUACCAAUUGUUAUGGGUGGAAUGCAGGAAACAAGCCAAGCAGCAGGAGGAAUACAGGGAACAGGCCAAACCAUGGGAGGAAUUCAGGAAACAGAGCAGACCAUGAACGGCGUGCAAAGAGCGAGCCCGACCAUGCUUACAACUCAAAGAAAUAAUAAGACCUGCAGCAACACCCAGGACAUUGCACCCAAUAUAAGUGAUGCUCAAAAUAAGAAAGAUGACACACAACCCAUCUAUAUCAAUAUUAGUAACGACACUCAUCCAGCUACAUCGCUUCAACGAGCAAGAAGCAACACAAUUGCCACCAGCAGCCUGCUCAGUGUUUCAGCAGGUGUAAGAGGCAACUGUACUAAUGGAAGUCAGGUGGUGAUUACAGCAAGUCAAAAUAAUAACAAUAAAAUUUCAAAAUUUACAGCAGGGAGGAUGAAUGGUAACAGAAACCAGACAGUGAUAAGUAAACCAGAGGGUAAAAUAGGAUUAUUGAGAGAAAUGGAAGAUACUGGCCGGAGGGGAAGUGAUGAUGAUUCACAUGGGUCUAGUGAGGAUGAGUUAAUGGAUCAUGAUGGUAAUAUAAUUGAACAAGAUGAGAAACCUAAGAAACCCAUAAUCAAAAAUCAUAAUGGAUGUCUUCGCAAAGUAUCCAAAAUUAAGCCAGUAAUACACAUGGCUAAUACAAUCAGUGUAGAAAAUAAUGAAGAAACUGCAAUGGAGACAGACUACAAAUCUCAGUUUCAUGUCAUCAGGCCUCAGAGUCUGGAGGUUCUUACUAAAAAUGCCAAAAAUGCCAUCGGUGUAGUCCCCGAGUGUGUAAAGAUAAUUCAUGCUGCCGGCCAUAAGCUGGAUCUGAAAGUCAUGACACAAGAAUUAACUACGACCUUUAAGCCUAUUGAAUCUACAAUUAAAUAAUGAACAAAGUUGCAUGCUGAGUCACUUAUUAAAGUUUUACAUACUGUAUUUCAAUUUUCAUGGGUGCUUUAUGGGGAGAAUCAUCAAUUACAAAUCAGAGAUCAGUUGAUGCUGCAAAUUAUACAGAACAAUAUAGGUACAGUACAUGUAUGCUUCAUCUAUGAGUUUUACCAUAUUUAGUUUGUGGUGUGUUCUAUUAUUUUAUUCCAUCCCAGUUAAAUUAGUUGGAGCAUUUUCUAUUUGCCUCUUAGUGUAUCAUACUAUAUACUAUGGCUCAAAAUAUCAAGAAUUGGCCCUCAUUUUCAUAAUUGCGUUAUGAAAGUAAGCAGAGCCAUUCUGUCAACCUGAUCACUGCCAUCCCAAUUCAUUCACUGGACUGAUACCUCACUUUUGUUGUAGAAAGUGUUACCAGGCUCAUUAUUGUAACAUGAUUAAAGGAAUUAUGCUUUGAUAGUGCACACAUACACUACACUUGGUAAACUCCUAUUGGAAACGGCUUAGUGUGUAUUUUCAGGUAUGCUCAUACUGUAUUAUCAAGAAAACAAUGUUUAAGCAGGAACUUUCUUGUGGAAAUGAUUUUACUCACAAGAGCUUUCUCAAAUCCAUAAAAAAUUCUUGUUCAUGCACAGUGUUUUUCUCAAUAACAUUGCCAGUAUUGAAUGGUUUUAUUAUUUAAAAUCAAGAUGUACAGCAGGAAGACCCCCUUUGGUUACUGACCAUCUAUGUUUCUUGAAAUGCCUAAAUUGUCUGCAUCAAUUGUCCUCUGAUUUGUGGCUGGAAUUCUAUGAGCUUCCAACCUGUCUGCUAUAAUAAUUCUGUAUUAUAUUUUGUUGUUUGGGGCCAGAUUUUCUAUAUACUAGUAAUGUAUUUUUGUUUAUUUCUGUAUAUAAAUAUAUUGUAUAUAAUUAUGGUCUGGCAGGACCUACUGUAAACUGGUACUGUACUUAUAUUAACAUAUUUACAUAUUCAGUAACAAGUUUGGUCUCGUAAUAAAGAACCAACCUGAAUAUAGUCAGCUCUGCCAGUUUCCGAUGAGUCUUGUCAUUUAUAUGCUUCUGGCUAAUAGUCCAACAUGGGUGAUAAUUAAAAUAUAAUUUUGAUUACUAUACUUAACACUUCAGGAAAUGGUAUAAAAUCAAGACAUGUUGUAGUAUAUUUAUACAUUUAUAUGUCCAUUAAUACAAAAUUUUCAAAAUUCUUUAGUGAUCAGAGAUCUUCCAUAGGUCCGUAGAGUGAAUACAAAUUUCACACAGUUGUGUUUUUUAUUUCUUCAAAAGCUAAUUAUUUGUUAAAGAAGUGGAAGGGUGGUAUUGAGUGCUGUUCAUAUUGUAUUCGUGUCCUAAGCAUCCUCCCCUCUUUGCUUCCUCAACAGCCAGGAUUCCACAAAUUCACUCAGAUGUAUGCAUAUAUUUAACUCCCAAGUGAGCCAACACUAAUUUAUAAAUGGGCUGAGUGCAGAAGUCAACACUAAGCCAAACAGAACAUUAUAAAAAAUUGCCACAAUCUUCUUAUACAUAGGUCAGAGUAGCUUAGUGGGAUUUUGCCUGGUAGGCCAGUUCAGCUUUGUAUGCAAGAUGGGUGGGGUGACGGCCAGAUUAUGCUGGCUCUGUGUCCUGGGCAGCAUAAUCUGUCCAUUGUUACUAGCACAAUGAAAUCUCUUGCCAUCAGAAGGUAUUCUUCUAGGAAGGGGGGGGGGGGCACUGAUCAAUCCUUCUGGUACUAUCAUCUGAGGAAAGCGGGUUUAUUCUGAGCUAUAGAAACCAAAGGCUUGAUUUGUAAUCUUGUUCCUGAUGAAGAAUGAACUACACGUUUCGUAGAGGAGCAUAACAUCCUGUUACCUGUCAGAGGCAACAUAUUGUUAUUCAUGAGUGAAAAAUCCUCUUACUUGUCAGAGACAAGUAACUCCAAACAGGGAACAUCCAGUUGUUGCAUUCUACUGUAUAUCUGAAGAGAGUUUUGAGGAAAGAGAAGCUGCACUUCUACACAUAAUAUAGUAAUUGGUGUGCACUUAAAAACAAUUAAUAUCUUGUGCUGUACCUUUUUUAAUACAGUACAUACACUUUAAAAUACAAAAUUUAAAGAACACACGUGUACAAGUUUGACUGACUGAUACAUAAUUUUUCUAGUGCCAUAACUAGGCCAUUGAGACUGCAUAACAACAGUAUUCAUCUUGCCUUUAAAGUAGGUUCACUAAAUAGGAAGUAAAACCAGAAUGGAUAAAGCUCUGUAACCUAAGACCACUGGGUCUGCAUCUAAAUGACAGAAAUGUACUUAGUCUGUAUCCUAUCCUCUGAUCAGAAGAAAAACUUCAAAAGCCUCAUUUAGCUGCCCUCAAUCCUUUGUAACACACAUUGCUCUUACUACAGAAAGGUGCUUGUCCAAUUGAAGUUCUGAAAAACUCAUUCAGGGAAACCAGUUUUAAAUUAUGCAUUACUAUAUUAGCUAAUCAAAAACUUUAUCAAUGCUACAAAAUAAAAGCAUUUCCGCACUGUUUUAGAAGUGAUGUACAGCUAAUCAUGAAAUACGUAACGAAUCAAAUGACUUGGAUAUAUAAUGUGUAAAAUGUGCACAGCACCACCAACACAUGAGAGACUCGUGCACUGCUUAGUCAUCCACGCACUUGUACAGUACACAACACCAAAGAUAUGGCUUUGCUGAACUUCCUUUUGUAGAUAUUUUUAUUCAUGCUUAAUCUGUUAAAGUAUAUAGUUCUAGUAUCUUUUAAGAACAAAAUUACUAGAAUGUUUUUGGGCUGCUCAUGUUCUGAUUAUUUUGUUAUUGAGUUUUAUUAGAUGUGAUAACAGUUAAGUCCCACUAAUAUUCUCAGGUUAAUUUUACAACUUAUCAAAAAGUUAAUAUUUCUAAAUGAACCAUGUACAGUAUUUCACAGAAUUUAUAUAAAAAAUUAUAUUUAAAUAGCUGUAUAUCACCUAACAUAUCCAAAGAAUAUUUUUUAAUAAAACUUGAUAUUA